GGCAGUGGAACGUGCUAAUAUUUCCAGAGUGGAAAGCUCGAGUAUUAAGCGCUCAUUUACUCCGUUUCUGAAAUGGUCUGCUCAACGCAGCAUGUUUACAGAUGGCUGGUUAACAUUUGACGUCUGAUAAGUUCUAAACUGCGCUGUGCGUUAAAUUCCUAACGGUGAGCUAUCGUACGACUACCGCCGGUAGCCAGGGACUCUGGUUGGAUUUGACACUUGUAUCCGUCCGACUGUCACGGAGAAGGCACCUAUUCGUCUGCGGCAAGGUGCAGGCUGACUGAUCCACUGGAGAGCACCUUUUUGGGAGGUAGACCAGGACCGAGCAGUGGAGCACGUCUGAGGCUUUCAGACCCAGGGCUAGCCGAGCUAGCGAGUUGCUGCCAAAAAAACAGCACGGAGAGAGCCUGAAAACAGUUUGCCUGGGUGGCAGCAUCACAUUGUCAGACCCUGGAAAAUGGCCCACCUGGGAGGCAGUCAAAACCAGAAGGCUGCAUGCUUGGGGGUCAGUUACUUACAUUAAACAGCACAGCGGCAAGCCUGAAUGGUUUGGGGACCCUGAGAGCAGCGCGCUGCCUUAGGGGCUGAGAGGGACUGAAAGGGGAGCCUGGGCUACAUCAUCAGCCGAUAAUAGCCCGCCAGGUGGCAAAGGCUGUAAGAAGAACAGUAAGACCCAGCAGAGCGAGGGUGAGAAGAACAAUCCACAGGUUUCAGCUGGGUCUCCUCUCUUCUCAGCACAUCACGUGCUAGCCUCUAGAGCCAGGGGUGGGCCUGCCCCACCGAUGUUCCACACAACCAUCUCCGGGGAACGCUUCACCGCUGCCGUCCAUUGAUGGCCGUCGUUUGACGGGGCCAACUGCGAAUGCUGAGCAGGCUAGUGAGGUUGGGGCCCGCCCUCAGUCUCCGCUCAUUGGCCGCUGGAUGGAAUUAAGGUGAAUGGAGCCCAUUUCCAACGUCGAGGACCCCAACUCAUCAGAGGGAGAUGAGAAACGGUGGCCUGAUGGCCCAAAAAGGAAGAGAAAGAACAGCACAUGUUCGGUGAAGAGCAUGUCUGCACUGAGCCUCUCUGUCCAAGGAUACAUCCCCAGCUACUUGGAGAAGGAUGAGCCGUGUGUGGUAUGUGGAGACAAGGCCACCGGCUACCAUUACCGCUGCAUCACCUGCGAGGGCUGCAAGGGUUUCUUCAGGCGCACUAUCCAGAAGAACCUUCACCCGGCUUACUCCUGUAAGUACGAUGGCUGCUGCAUCAUCGACAAGAUCACAAGGAACCAGUGCCAACUGUGUCGCUUCAGGAAAUGCAUUGCAGUUGGCAUGGCCAUGGACCUGGUGCUGGAUGACUCUAAGCGGGUAGCCAAGCGGCGUCUGAUUGAGGAGAACAGGGAGAAGAGGAAGAAGGACGAGAUUGUGAAGACCCUGCAGACGCGUCCGGAGCCCGACAGCUCAGAGUGGGAGCUGAUUCACCAUGUGACAGAGGCCCACCGCCACACCAACGCGCAGGGCUCCCACUGGAAACAGAAACGCAAGUUCCUGCCUGAGGACAUAGGUCAGUCACCCGUGGCUCCCACCCCGGAUGGAGACAAGGUAGACCUGGAGGCCUUCAGCGAGUUCACCAAGAUCAUCACCCCUGCCAUCACACGCGUUGUCGACUUUGCCAAAAAACUGCCCAUGUUCUCAGAGCUGCCUUGUGAGGACCAGAUCAUCCUAUUGAAAGGCUGCUGUAUGGAGAUCAUGUCGCUGCGUGCCGCCGUGCGCUACGACCCAGAGAGCGAGACGCUUACCCUGAGCGGUGAGAUGGCGGUGAAGAGGGAGCAGCUGAAGAAUGGCGGGCUGGGCGUGGUGUCGGACGCCAUCUUUGAUUUGGGCAAGAGUCUGGCACAGUUUAACCUGGACGACUCGGAGGUGGCCCUGCUGCAGGCUGUGCUCCUCAUGAGCUCAGAUCGCUCGGGCCUGACGUCGGUAGAUAAGAUCGAGAAGUGCCAGGAGACGUACCUGCUUGCCUUCGAGCACUACAUCAACCACCGCAAGCACAACAUUCCCCACUUCUGGCCCAAGCUACUGAUGAAGGUGACGGACCUGAGGAUGAUCGGGGCGUGCCACGCCAGCCGCUUCCUCCACAUGAAGGUGGAGUGUCCCAACGAACUCUUCCCUCCGCUCUUCCUGGAGGUCUUCGAGGACCAGGAAGUAUGAACUGACUUCUGACCUGGAAGAGAUGGAAGAGAGAGGGGGGAAUUAUUAGGGGGAAAGAAAAGGGGUAAAAAAUUGGCCGCUUUCUUUGUUUUGUGAAACACUAUCACCACCACCAGCAACACGGAUAGUCACCAACGAAAAAAGUCUCGGAGAAAAACAAAGGCUUUCUUUUGCGUAGCUGUUUUGAUGAUUCGUUUCUGGCCGCACUUAGGGCUCUUGUGGCUGCUGGGCCCCACUUUGAGUUGGGGUGUGGGGCUCCCCUCUAAAGUGGGGUUCUCUGGCUGCGCUGUGCGUCUGUAUCUAACAGAGAAGCUAGCAGCCCUGAGCGGUGUUCUGCUCCUGUGUUAUACACCAGGUGCACAUGUAUGCAAACCCAAACCCCCGAGGUCUGGUUGGAGUACUGGUACUGGUGGAGCUCUGUGUUAGUGGAAGGCAAUCGCUCUGAGAGGCAGACAAACAUACACACGUACAUUCACAAACCUUUACGAAAUCAAACCUCACACAUAAAGCCACUGAUGUACAUCUUACAUUCACCUAACACACACACACUACUAUAGACAAACAUAUUCCUACAUGGGACUGACGUAGCUUUUCAGAGCCGCCCGUCACUCGAGCAGGGCAGAUAGCUGCUGUAUUUUGUCCCACAAUCGAGCUUCCAUCAGAGCCUCCACCCUACAACCUGCUCCCCUCUUUGGCCUCCUCACCGUCCUCCGCUGGGACAGUUACCAAGUGUUCCCCCACACUUCUCCCUUUUGAACUCUUCCCUUCCACCCCCUGAUGUGCAGCCCAGACUCCUCCUAGCCAAGACAUUUACUUGUGAACCUACCUCCCUGUACCUUACAUACCUCCCUUACACAGAGUUACACAUACACCUCCCUUUAGGACAAUGCAAACACACACACCUAUUUAUGGAUACAAACAAUAUCCAAUUUGUUGUGCAAAGGUGCAAGUGUACCUUCAUGUAUAUACACAACCCUUUACCCUCAUACAUACAAGUACUGUAUACCUAUCUUACUGCAUGUAUACAGUAUACCGGUCUACCUGCAUGCACAUAUACCUCUGUACCUGCGUUAUAUACCCACUGGUUUACCUCCAUGUACUUCUCAUCCUAUACAUACCUGUCUACCUGAAUACAGCCAUACCUCUUUAACCAUAUAUAUAUAUAUAUAUAUAUAUACAGUAAACAUAACCUUCUGCCUGUGUAUAUGGGUACCUCUCAUCUAUACAUACCUCUCUGUGUGUACACACACAACAAUAGUUUGCUGUUCUUUUACCUCGUAUGACAGUUGCUCCUCACCUAGGUUGUGUCAUUCCACCCGUCCCAAACCUCCACUACAUCUCCCGAUUGGACACACACAGUCUGCACUUCCUGGUUGCAGACUGUGUGUGUCUCCUCUAUGUUGCCCUGCCCAUCACACAGGACUCCUGCCCCCUCUGAUGUGGGAUUGGUUGAGGGACGGGGAGAGGUGUCGCUUACCUCGCCGGUGGUUACACCACAGGCCCCACCUCCAAACUGACAGAUUCUACCUCGCCUCUCUUAUCAGUGUAGAUGCCCCUCUUGAGUGCAAAACACAUAUACUUCCACAGUUGCCAAUAUGGACUUGUUUGGUCCCCCUACUACCCUGUUCAGUAUGGUUCUAUGACCCCAUGAAAUGGGAGAGGCUGCAGAACAACAUGCAUAGCAGUCUUUAUCUUUUACACUUUUCUUUUUGAAGUAUUUUUAUCACACAGGACCAAGUCUCAUAAUGGAUUCCCCCAUCUAUCUAUGUUCAAGACAAACAACAAACCCACUGGCGGUAUAAAGAUUCUGUGUCUGACAAACUCAAAGGAAACUUUCUUUCUUAGGAAAAGACAGACCGUACACCUUGGAAGCCAACUGAGCUCGAUGGAUGGGCCAAAGCAUUGUUAUUGUAGACGUUGUUAUUGUGGUAAACAAACACGAAAAAUACUCAUCUCUAACUCAGUUCAGUAGUAUUCACCUGUGGAUGGAUACCCUGGUUCUCAAUGUGGCAGGUCCAGAGACGAGACAAGAAUGAGAGGCCCAGCCAAUGCAACCUGCCACAUAAUGUACUUUUUACAGCACCGUUCACAGUAGCAACCCCCUUUCUCCUAAAGUGUGGAGAAAGGGUUGCCCCAGAGAGCCACAAAGCCUUUGAGAUGAUUCUCUGACUGUCCUCUCCACACAUCCAAUCCUACACCCAGCCAGCUCUGCGCUUUCUCUACAUGUCCCCCUCCUCUCUCCUUCAAAGCCAUUGACAGUUGUUUGUUUUGCACUAAAGGGAUGUCUCCCCCUUUUCCCUAUAUAAUACGCCGUGUUGCGAUACAAGAUCACCACCGCUCCUAAUACAAUACCUCCCCUCUCCUGCAGUCUUACCCUAAUCCCUAGCUUCAGCCCGGUGCCUAACAUUCUGUCCCAACACACACACACACACACACACACACACACACACACACACACACACACACACACACACACACUCUCUCAGUAUUACCACAAGGGGAUUUAAAGGAACCUAAAUGCUCUUAACUGUAUGGAAAAUAGGAUGUCAUUCAAACACAUGCGCGGCGAUUGAAAAAGAGAUGCCGAUCUCAAUGUGACUUUCCUACUUAAAUAAAGGAUGCAUAAAAACAGAAAAUAUGCAGCAUAAUGAUAAUCAACUCUGUCACUGAACGAGCCAGGCGUUGACCAGACGGUUGGUUUGGAUAAGGUGUAGAAGAGGGUUUGCUUUUUAGCUGUGAACGACAUGGAAAUGUUCCCCAGAGGGGUCGUGAUUAACAACUUGUCGAAGAAAGGGGAGCUUUCCCACACAGCUAGUGGUCCCUAGACUACUGACAAUCUCAUACAGAAUCACUCACCAACACCGCAGAGCACACUGCCUUCAGACACCAUCAAUCGCACCAGCACAGCAGAUGGAUCCUCAGGCUCUCGCUAGCCAUCCUCGUGUCAGGAGAGUGUGUAUACAAUCAACCGACAAAUGUUAGCUUAGGUAUGUCCUUCCACGCUACCACCACACCUCCCAUUCUCCACACUGUUCCUAUUGCACCACCUUAACUAACCACACUACUAAACCAGGGAUAUCAUGUACAUUCUGGAACUCAACACGUUUCUUCCCUGACACCCAGUCACUUCUUUAAAUGGAGACUCUCCAUCGAACAUGCUUCUUAGUCCAGGACUAGACUUAAUCUGGGUCCAGGAAACUAGCCCCUAAUCUCCCCCUCCCCGUUAUGGCAAUCCCAUGCUUUGCCCUCACUCGCUUUUAACCUCCCCAUAACCCCUUCCUCCCCACAACAUGGCUGUCUUGCUCCCCUCUGAACAUCCAAUCGAACCCCAACCAAAAGUAGCACUUUGAGAACUUCGAGGAACGGAAAUCCCAGGUACAUGAAUGAUAUGUCGUUGUGAGGAAUGUAAAAAAAAAAGACAAAAUGAAAUGGAGAAGUCCCAGACUGAAAAUGUUGUGCACUAAUAAGUGUCGUUCUGCAUAUUUGUGAUGUCAUACUUCUGGGUUGAAAUGCUGUUUGUCUGACCGAUUGGUCUCAAUAAAGGUUUUUUUUUGUUUAGAAAAAGAGACUCAGGACUGAAAGCCCAGAAACGGAGGGAAAGAAAAGACGACUUGGAUAAUUGUUUUUUGUUUUUUAAAAUAAUUGUUUUUUGUUUAGCAUUUGAUUUAAUUUCUAAGUUAAUGUCUGUGGUGUCGGAGCUUGACUGAUAUGAUGCUUUACUGUGUAAAACAAACAGCUGUAGACACUUUCUGAACGUCUGUGCAGUGUAGGGCUGCGUCCCAAAUGACCCCCUAUUUCUGACGCAGACUAGGUCUUCAUGAAACUUCACUUUGAUCUCAGCUGGUUUGUACUGUUCGCUCCGGGUGGAAGACGCCCCUAACUCACUGAUCUGUGUUCUGCUUAUACUCUACCCAAUCUUAACCUUGAUCUAUAGAUGGGUUAAAGUAAAAAGGACCUGAGAUGAGAGCUUGGUGGAAACGUCACCCAUGAAUUUGCCGUCUGUCUGUCUUAAUGUAAACAGGAAUAUUAUAUAUGUUUUAUAAGAAAAAAAAAUCUAAAAAUUACAUAACAGAAACCAAAAAAAUAGAUUUAAACAACUGUUCAUACCUCAGAAAAUGAAGUUGAAACAGAAUGAAAAGGAGUUGUGAUUCACAUGCAUGGAUAGCCAGCCGCCGUAUCGUACGCUCACAUUGUUUGUGUGAAGCUUCUUGACAGGAACUGUAUAUAAAACGACACCAUCUUAAAUGCAAGUGGUAUUUUAGGCUUUUGACAAUCGCUCUGACAUCAUGCAGUUUCUCACAACCACUUAAUCCAAUAGGCUCAGACUCACAGGAUCAGGAGAUGUUUAGGUGAGGUUCCCUCUACAUAGUGUGUAUUGGGAUGUUCUGUCCUGGCUCAGUAUUAAAUGUAGCUCAAAAAGAUCUAUGUCUAUAACUCUUGUUUAUGUCCCUCAUAACUGCCUAACCAAGCCUGGUCCCAAACUCCUAUGGUCAUUAUCACGGUUGGCAAGACGGCACAAACCGGUCUGGAGGCAGGCUAUGUCAGUACCCCUGUAACGCUAGACGAACCAUAUAGACAUUGCUGCUCUGCAGAAUGCGACAGUGGCACUUGCGCUCAGACACUCGCCAAUCAAUUACUUUUGGUUUUAUAGGUUAUGACAAAGAAAACAUACAUCGAUAUAUGGUGGCAUCCCAGAGCUCUUUAUUUGUGUUGUUAAAAAGUUACACUUACUUACGUCAAACGCUGUUAAUGUCCAGUUUCUUACUUGGGUACGUUUCCCUUCCUCAACCUGCUCUUGAGACAAUUAUUUUUCUGAAGUCGGCCAUUGAACUAUGUCCAAACCAUCUUAAGCGGUGUGCUUGCUCUUCUCUCAGCUUACCUUCAUGAACACUGAUCUGAAAGGACCAGAUAAGUGAAAGCAGUCUGGUAACGCAUCCAUUUCCUGUCAAUUUCCAGUGGUAAUCAUUAGUCAAGUAGGGUAUAUAGAAUGGGAGAUUUUGGGUUAGCUGGGAGCGAACACAGUAUAGGCAGAGGGAGUAGUCCAUGAACUACUCCUGAGUUUCUCAAUCCUGGUCUUUUGUGUUGGCAAGGUAAGGGUAUUGCCCCUAUUAUUGCUGACAAGUGAAUGACCCUGUUGAGUUUUCAGUUGAACAGUCAUCUGCUCUUCCCACCAGUUGAAUGUGUACUGUAGAGCAUGUCUGAUUGGAGAUGGGAUGGUAAAAUUUCUAGACUCAAGGACCAGGAUUGGGGAACCACUUUUAUGCACCAUAUUGGUUCUGAUAAAAAUGAAAAACGUCUGAAAUUUCCAGUGAGAGAAACUGUCGACGUUAACAAAUUCACUCAGGUCUGACUCAAUGUUAUGUAGAAUGGUGAACGGAGGAUACAGAAUUCUGUGUUGUGACCACUUGUUACAUUGCUCCUAGACAUAAAUGUGAUUUCACUGGCUUUUUAUACACCCCCCAGCACAUUGUAUUCAAACAUGCCAUAUGUCACACCAACAGGUGACAAAUAGUCUAAAUAUUUACGAUGAUGCAUGAAAUUCCCCAGGUAGAUCCAAAAUGGAAGUCCAUUCUGAAUGUCUCUUUGGAUAGCGUAGAAGGCAUGACCCGACAUAUGGUGACAGGGGCAUUUGGAAGGUCCCAUCAGCAAAGUUAUCACGUAUAGACACACCAAGCGAUCUAAAGUAUAGGACAAUCUAUUUUCAGAGAAUUUAUCCUAGUAAAAGACAAGUAAAAUAAGACUAUUUGGAGCCUGCACACAGACCCGUGCACACUUUCACAUGCAGCCAUUGCGGAGUGGAAAGCAGCAGCAGCAGGAGGUGUUUGCACUCGGGUAUAUAAGAAAACAAUGAUCUUUUCACUUUAAUAAAUGAUUAUUUAGACUCAAACCAUUGUUCAUUCACGCGUCUUUGACUGUCUGUGUUUGUGCCUUGUCUUGGGCAGAUGAGAGAUAAGUGGGUGUGACAGUGUUGAUCAAUCGGAUCAAUCUAGUGUCGUGAUUGGCUCAAGCUGUGGUAAACAAGACAUUUAUACUAUUUUGUCAUAUUGACGCAGUAAGCUCUGUCUCACUGCAGUAUUAGCUCUCCAAACCCUGGUCCAUAAAUGUCCAAUUUCAAUGGUUAAAUAGGCAUUCAAUUUGAGUUUUUAAGUUGAGGGUUAUGGUUUGACCAAUCAGAUCUUUUGCCACUAAUUUGUCAAAAGAUGAGAAUUGGUCUGCCUGUGCUAAUUGAAAAGCCUGCGUACAUAAAUCAUAGUCUUGUGAUUUCAGUCUACUGACAGGGUGACGAAAAAGAAGAAACCUGCACACUGCUCUUGCUGGUAUCACUGCUCUUUAUUACGCUUUACUUAUCGACCUUUGUCACCUCUUACGAAGGCCGAUACGUAAAGCUUAAUAAAUAAAGAGCAGUGUGCGGGUUUCUUUUUUCUCUCUCUACUUAUUCAAUUGUUACCAUGCACCUCCAACAAAGAUAGCUCAGAUGUGCGAGUGCCUUUUGAAUUUUGAGUCUACUGACCGGGAACAAAGGAUUUGUUUUCUCCUAAGUGAUCAUGAGAGGCCGGGGGUUCGGGAUCAGGAAAUCUGCUUCAUUUGACAUAUUUAGGCAGUGUGGAGUCCCAUUUUGAGACCAAGGUGCCUUUUCCAAGGGAGCCCGGCAUGACAAGCAAUUACACAAUCAAGGCAGCAUAGGAAAUACACAGAAAAUACAAAGAAUCAAAAAAUAUAGAAACAUUUUUAAUAAUUCAGAGGCACAAACUCACCAAUGAUGAAGUAAGUGAAGCCUGGGCUGGGAUUCUAGGAAUAGCUUCACUCACGGUGGAUGGCAGAUGCGCUCCGCUGGUCGCUCAAUAUUGGUAGCCUAACUACAGACAGAUUCAAGUCUUCUCUUUUCAGCCAUAACCAUUUGAUUUCAAAACUGUUUUGAAAUAUAAGGCCAAUGUGGCGCUGUCAGGAAACAGCAGCUAAAAAUCAGCGGUUUGAUAAUAAGCACUACAUUAUCCUCUCUGGUGUAGUAUUUUGAAUUGUUUUUUUUAGGCAUAUGUACAAACAGGACUAAUUGUUUAAUUUUGUCUAGUUUAAUAAUUAUUUGAUUUUGGCAAUUUACCCGUUGAUGCUGGAGCACGUCCAGCACUCCUACUUCCCACGGCUAUGGUCAUGUUCCUAACGAAGGCACGAAAUGUGAGAUACUUUUUCAAAAAUCGAGGUAGCCUAAAAUAAUGACUUUUCAAAUAUGAGUUCUCAUUUUGGUUUUCCCUUUAGAAAAAGGUUUUGAUAGUGAAUGGGACCGUAGGUUGUCAGGUUAUAGAUUCAGUACCCCUCAAUUUGUUUAACUUAGCUUAUUUUCAAGCUUUAUGUCAAGAGUUUUAGAAAUGACAAGGUGAUACAGAGGUGGAGGAGGUUGGAAGGGACAACUCGGGGGUUGAACCCAGGUCUCCGGCGUGCGUUGAGUGUUACUGCUACAGAAUAUCUGCCACUUAACUGGGCUUUGAUACGUGCAAGAUGGCGGACAAAUCAUAACGUUUGGACAGAUAAUCUCUUCAUAUGGUAUUAUUGCUUGAGACAAGCAUCUAUUAUAUCUAUGUAAGUUGAUGCACAGCAGUGGUUCUUCAUCUUUUUUCCCCCCUCCAUUUUGAUGGCCGCUUGUUGACACUUUUUCUCUUAUAAAACCACAAUUUUAGCUCAAGUGAAAGCACCGGGUGCCUCUGUAAACUGGUCAUCUCUGUAUUCCCGUCGCAAGACCCACUGGUUGUUGCUUAUUUUUUAUUUCAUGCCGUAAUCAGGGUCUCACAGCCUAGGUCCUACAAGUAUUAAAGUUAUAUAAACGUUACUGUUAACCCAUGUGGCUAUAAUGUGCCAAGGUUCUCAGUCAAAUAAAAAUUCAGGGGUUUUGUCAGACUAAAAUGUUAAAAAAAAUAUAUAUAUAUAAUAUUGAUUUGUACAAGCAGUGUACUACUACGACACAAACACACAAGACAAUUCAGGAAAUGUGAUUGCGGUCACCAGCUGCUCAAGCCAGUAUUCUGUUCACGUUGCAUGGUGUUAUGUUAUGUCCGAUAUGUGUUGGGCUGACUGGUCCAAACAAUCAACCAGCGCAGUUGUAAAAAAUUGGGUUUUGAGAUUGUGUUAAUUGUUUUAAAAUAAUAUAUUUGUAUGGUAGUUGUGGCUAGUCUAUUCGCAAUAUAUUUAUCUAAUAAAGAGAGUAUGUAUUUA